AUGAAGAUUUUGAGUCUGUUGUCCUCGCUAUUGCCCCUGGCUGCGGCCAAGUACCCUACCAAGCCCGCACAACCCUCGCACAACCAUACCGUGUGGUUAUGUGGAGACAGCACGAUGGCGCCCGGUGGUGGGCACAACGGCACCGAAGGCUUUGGAAAAUAUCUGCAAUACUCUUUUGAUAGCAGCCUGAUCCGGGUCAACAACUCGGCAUAUGCUGGGAGGAGCGCGAGGACUUUUACCAGAGAGGGCAGGUUCCAGGCCGUGGCAGACAAGAUCGUACCGGGAGACUGGGUAGUCAUCGAAUUUGGCCACAACGACGACGACGGGCAGGGAACUGUGCCUGCCAACGAUACAAAGUCCCGAGUCGACUGCCCCGGAAUGGGCAACGAGACCUGCAUCGGCAGCUACAACAACCAAACCGAGAUUGUCCAGACAUAUGUGACAUAUCUCCGAAACGCGUCCUCCAUCUUUCUCUCUCUGGGCGCACGCGUCAUCAUCUCGCCGCCUACGCCUACCAACCCGUACCUGACCGCCAACGGCUCGUUUGCCUGGGCGCCGACCAAGUAUUCCUACUACUCCUGGUACAUCGUCUCGUCGCUUGGCGGUCCUAAUGCUGGUAUCUACUAUGUCGACCACAGCAGCUACUGUGCCCAGGCGCUGGAACUCCUUGGCGCCGAUGUUGCAGACGCGGGCUUCCCUAUGGACAAUACGCACACGAGUCCGUAUCUGGCGGAUGUAGUCGCGAAGGCGUUUGUGUUGGGGGUCAAGUGCGGCACCAGCCCGUUGCAAGACUACGUCGUAAAUGCAACCAGUAGGAUCCAGGGUCCUGAGUUGGGCUCUUGUUUGAGUAUCGAUGACACGCUCCCGAUUUAA